AGUCUGAUGGCUUCAACUGCUGCUACUGAGCACGCUCAAUGAUAGAAUGCGGCAUCACGUUUGGUCGCGUCAACGGAAGUGGCGUUCACAUUCCGGAAACGGAAGGAAUUAGUUGGGCAGAGGCUGGAGUGGGAAGUGGUGACCUUUCUGGAGGACGCUGAGCGGAAAAACCCGUCGAGAUGGGUAUCAAGUUUGGAAAUCUGGAACGAGUGAGGCACAUCAUCACCUACAGCUUGUCUCCCUUUGAGCAGAAAGCCUUUCCCAACUACUUCACCAAAGGGAUUCCCAACAUGUGGCGGCGAAUCAGUGCCCAGUUCUUCCGGGUGACUCCUCCGUUUGUCAUCGCCUAUGUGAUUUAUUCCUGGGGGAAUGAAGAAUUUGAACGCCUGAAAAGAAAGAACCCCGCCGACUACGCAAACGAUGAAUAAUCCAACUUUGACCGAGAACCGUUACAGCAUCUCACCUGCGUCAGCGCUUGUUCUGCUUCUCUGGCUCAUUGAAAGAGACUUUAAAAGAUUCAAUAAACCUGUAUUUCUGAUCCCA